AAACGGUCUGUUUACUUUCCCUGUUAGUGCUGUUACAAAAAUCCUCUUCUUCAUGAGCUCAUAGACGUUUUCUUCACAUUCACAGACGCGACAGUGCUUUCAGUCAUGAUGAGGAGUUCUGUGUUGUUUUGCCUGGCUGUCAGCUUUGCCAUGUUUGGAUUUGGCCUCUCUCUGCAGUGUUACACCUGCCCCGAUGGCUCCUCCACCAGCUGUGAAGUAAAGCAGCAGUGUAGCCAAGGAGAAGACAGCUGCCUCAAACUCACCAGUGGUGAAAAUACCUACACUCGAUGUAUGAGGUAUGCAGACUGUGACUUCAUGAAUCUGGCCAUCAGAUAUCCCCUGGCUGAGUUUGUCUUCGACUGCUGUAACUCAGACCUCUGCAAUGGCCAAAAAAAGAGUGCGUUCCAGAAAUUUAAGGAUUUCUUUGGUUAAGAAAUAAAAAAAGAAGAAAAUAAAUCUGAACAAAUGUAUAUUCUUCCAUUUAGUGCGUAAUUGUGGUACCACUGAUGUACAUUGUUCACUAAACAAUAAAGUCUUGAUUAAAUUAUA